CAAGUUUUGACGAAUUGGAGGCUCAUUUGCAGCCUAGUUGCAGGGAUGUCUAUUGGCUGCUCACAUCCCCACGGGCCUUAGCCCAGGAAACUGGUGUUGUUGAGCGGGAGCCCCGCGCCAAUGACGUCUGGCUGGAAAUGCGGCUCUGGGCCUGGUCGCGACCUCCUGCGAUGCCGAUCACUGGCGCUCGCGUCUGCUACUUCCUUUCUUCAUACACAGAGGGCAAUUGUCCCUCAGCACCUGCGCGUGGAGGCUGCCAUUGUUGUUUGUUCCUCUCAUCCGCACCGUUUCUCCUCCAAAGCACCCUCGACCUCUACAGAUCCGUCCCAUUGCUAUCAGCAGAAAUCUUUCACACCUCUGUAUUAUUUACUAGCCCUCGCGCGUACGUCCGUUGCAAUCCUACCAAUUGACGCUAUACCAACUGCCUCCAGGACGUAUCGUCAGCCAUGCCUGCACCACAAGCCUCGCAACAAGCUGUGUAUCUGCUGCCCUUGACGGACAGCGGAGCACCAGACGUUCCCGGAACCUACAUUUAUCUUCCACCGCCGACCGAGCCGGCGUACUGUGUCCGUUUCCAGAUACAAGGUACCAGCUCGAUAUGUCGUCAAGGCAGUCUCUGGGUGAACAUUCCCUCGAAAGGCGAGAAGUUCAGUCGCAGUCAGUACCGCGAAUACAAGCUGAAACCUGAUUUCAACGGGAUCACUGAGAUUGACGUGCCUAUCCACGAGGCCAACGCGUACUCUUUCUACACUACCUACACACCGCUGCCUCAGUGGACCUUCACAGAUGUCGCAACACCGGAACCUACGCGAACGGAAACAUACUACAUCGAUGUCUGCCCCAGACUUACCCUACAGGGUCAGCAGCUGCCGAUCGAGGCCGUUUCGCUGUUCUCCUGCCUGUCAAAGUUCAUGGGCAAGUAUCCUAGCGACUGGGACAAGCACCUCCAGGGCAUCAGCCAGCGUGGCUACAACAUGGUGCACUUUACUCCUCUUAUGAUUCGCGGAGUUUCGAAUUCACCCUACAGUAUCUAUGACCAGCUCGCUUUCGACUCGACCAUCUUUCCCAAUGGCGAGAAGGACAUUGCUCGCAUGGUCACAAAAAUGCAGUCAGAGUACAAUCUCUUGAGCAUGACGGACGUUGUCUGGAACCACACAGCGAACAACAGCAAGUGGCUCGAGGCGCACCCUGAGGCUGGUUACAACGUCGACACUGCACCGUGGCUGCAAUCUGCGCUAGUGCUCGACACUGCACUUCUCAACUUUGGCAAGGAGCUCAAGUCGCAUGGCCUGCCCACCCACUUCAAAACCGUGGAUGACCUCCUGAAGGUUAUGGAGGUUAUCAAGACAAAGGUGAUUAGUGACAUCAAGCUGUGGGAAUAUUAUGUCAUCGACGCAGAGAAGAGUGCCAAUGCCAUUGUCGAGAAGUGGAUUGCUGGCCAAGCCACAUUCAUCGAUGAUAGCUUUAGUGAGGCUGGUCUUCGUGGUCUUGAUGCCAUCAAGAGUUGGUCCCUCAAGCAGAAAGCCGACUGGUUGGUGGAGCAUGCGUUGCAAGGUGGUGACAGGAUGGGCGAGCGUUUCCGUCGUCGCAUCGAGCCCGCAGUGGGUGCUGGCCUCCUCUGCGCCCUUUUUGGACGCUACGACAGUCGUACCGGCACCACUCCUGAUGAGAAAGCAGCUCGUGAUGCGAUUACCAGCAUUUGCAACGAGAUCAACUUACCGUUUUACCGUGAGUUCGACAGCGACAAGGCCGAGAUUAUGGAACAACUCUUCAACCGGAUCAAGUAUGUGCGGUUGGAUGACCACGGCCCAAAGCUGGGCGAAGUUACAGAAGCCAAUCCACUCAUUGAGCCUUACUUCACUCGUCUGCCGUUGAACGAGACAACAAAGAAGCACAAUCCCGAUGCACUUGCACUCGUCAACAAUGGAUGGGUAUGGGCUGCUGAUGCCAUGAGGGACAAUGCCGGGCCCAAAUCACGAGCAUACCUGAGAAGAGAAGUCAUUGUCUGGGGCGACUGCGUCAAGCUUCGAUACGGCACAGGCCCCGAGGACAACCCAUUCCUUUGGGAACACAUGGCGAAAUACACACGUCUUAUGGCCAAGUACUUCCAAGGAUUCCGUAUCGACAAUUGCCACUCUACACCUAUCCAUUUGGCCGAGUACAUGCUUGAUCAAGCGCGACAAGUUAACCCCAACUGCUUCGUGGUUGCUGAGCUAUUCUCUGGCUCAGAAGAGAUGGACUUCAAGUUCGUUGAGCGUCUCGGAAUCGCCUGCCUGAUUCGCGAGGGAAUGCAGGCUUGGAGCACCCAGGAGCUAAGCAGGCUCGUUCAUCGACAUGGCGGUGUGCCCAUUGGCAGCUUUGACACCGAUGAGGUUCUGAAUGCUGAAAACACCAAUGCAACCGAUGCAUCUCAGCCUCGCGCAAUCAUCAAGAAGAUCAAGCGCAGCCCUGUCCACGCGCUAUUCAUGGAUUGCACGCACGACAAUGAGACGCCUGCUCAAAAGCGGGAUGCCCGCGACACCCUCCCUCAGGCUGCCUUGGUUGCCAUGUGCUCCUGCGCUACAGGCAGUGUUUUCGGUUACGAUGAGGUGUAUCCAGAACUCAUUGAGCUCGUUCACGAAAAGAGGCUCUACUCAUCGAGCAGCUCCACUGGAGGACCAAUCGCGGCACAGGCCGGCGAAGGCGGUAUAGGAGGUAUCCGGAAGAUCAUCAACGGUAUCCACUACAAGAUGGGCAAAGAGGAGUAUGACGAGACAUACAUCCACCACGAUGGGGAGUACAUUACUGUCCACCGUGUCAACCCCCACACUCGGAAGGGCUACUUUCUUAUCGCUCAUACGGCAUUCCCUGGAUAUGGUAACGGUAAUGGAGGCUUUGGCCAGACCAACCUCCCAGGAACUGCGGCAAAGCUCAUUGGCAGUUGGAACUUGGAAGUCGACAACAGUCCCGAGACCAGGGCGAAGGUCAUCGGUGAUAAGACUACGCUUCGUGGUUUGCCUGCACAAACACAUGAGCUCAAGGGCGUCCGAGUGGAAUCGAGCGGCGACUCGACAACGAUAACCAUUCCUGACAAGUUUCCACCUGGCAGCAUUGCACUCUUCGAAACCUGGGUGCCGGGUGCUGAACACGCCGACGGCCUCGACAAGUAUGUCACCGGUGGCGCGCAUGCAGCUUUCCGUGAAGCCAGCCUGACGGACCUGAACUACAUCCUGUACCGCUGUGACCCAGAAGAACGGGACGCAACAGGAAACAAAGAUGGAACAUACAACGUGCCAGGACAUGGCAACCUGGUUUAUGCUGGUCUACAGGGUUGGUGGAGCGUACUCCGCGACAUUGUGAACGACAACAAUUUGGGACACCCACUUUGUAACCAUCUUCGAGAGGGCCAGUGGGCACUCGACUACUGUGUUAACCGACUCGAACGGAUUUCGGAGAAGAGAACGUACCGGGGAGUCCGGGGCCCCUCCAAGUGGUUGAAGGAAAGAUGCGACGCUAUUCGCAAGCUGCCUAGUUUCUUGCUUCCUCGAUAUUUUGCUCUGGUCAUACAGACUGCUUACAAUGCUGCGGUCGAUCGAGCUAUCGAGCUUAUGGGAGACAACGUUCGCAACGGGCAGCAGUUCCUGAAGAGUCUGGCUCUUGUCAGCAUUCAAGUCACUGGCUACAUGAACAGUGCAUCUCUUUGGCCAGAGAAGACCGUUCCCAGCAUGGCGGCUGGUCUUCCUCAUUUUGCGAACGAUUGGGCUCGUUGCUGGGGCCGGGACAUUACGAUAUCUGCCCGAGGCCUAUACAUGGGCACUGGACGAUACAAUGAUGCCAAGGAGCACAUUCUGGCUUUUGCCAGUGUGCUCAAACAUGGCAUGGUUCCCAAUCUUCUGAGUGGCGGGAAGCUACCUCGAUACAAUUCUCGAGAUUCAGUAUGGUGGUUCCUCCAGAACAUUCAGGACUACACGAAGAUUGUCCCCGGUGGGCUUGACCUGCUUCAAGCAAAAGCCAAGAGGCGCUUCUUGCCUUACGACGAUACAUGGUUCCCUCAUAACGACAAGCGGGCUUACUCCACUUCGUCCACCAUCGAGGACGUCAUCCAAGAAGCGUUGCAACGUCAUGCCUCUGGAAUAGAGUUCCGCGAAUACGACGCCGGGCCCAACAUUGACAGCCAGAUGAAGUCUGAAGGGUUCAACAUCAAGAUCUGGACUGACUUCGAGACUGGCCUGAUCUUCGGCGGUAACCAAUCCAACUGCGGCACGUGGAUGGACAAAAUGGGCGAGAGCGAAAAGGCUGGCAGCAAGGGCGUACCCGGUACUCCCCGUGAUGGAGCACCGGUUGAAAUGAUCGGUAUGCUCUACAGCACUGUCCGCUGGUGCGCGGAUCUGUACAAGCAAGGCAAGUUCAAGUACGAGGGUGUCACGUUGCCCGAUGGCAAGGAGACUAUUACCUACGAGAAGUGGGCAGACAAGAUCAAGGCCAACUUCGAGCGCACCUUCUACGUCCCACGUACACCGGAUGAGGACGGCGACUAUGAUGUCAACCCUAGCAUCAUCAACCGCCGCGGUAUCUACAAAGAUCUCUACCGGUCCGGAAAAGAGUACGAGGAUUAUCAGCUACGCCCUAACUUCCCUGUUGCAAUGUCUGUGGCGCCUGAUCUCUUUGAUCCAGAGCAUGCUUUGUACGCUCUGCAGAUGGCCGAUCGCAUUCUGCUGGGUCCACAAGGCAUGAAGACACUCGACCCUAGUGAUUUGAACUAUCGUGGCUACUACAUCAACAGCGAGGACUCUACCGACUUCCAUACCUCGAAAGGCCGCAACUACCACCAGGGCCCCGAAUGGGUUUGGCCCACUGGUUUCUUCCUUCGCGCAUUGCUCAAGUUCGACCUCAAGCGGCGCAAGACAGCCGAAGAGCGCGUCGAGAGCUACCAGCAGGUCACACGUCGCCUGGCUGGCUGCAUGAAGGCCAUUCAGGAGAGUCCUUGGGCUGGCCUGACAGAGCUGACCCAAAAGAAUGGAGAGUUCUGCGGCGACUCGUGUCCCACACAAUCGUGGUCAGCUAGUUGCAUUAUCGAUUUGUUCCAGGAUGCACGGGAGUAUGAGCUCAAGGAGUCUUCGUAGGCACGACCAUUGCUGGAUUUAAUGGGCGGUUGUUGAGUGGCGAUGUAGUCGUCAAGAGCACUGAAGUAUUGUGCGGGCUUGGUUUUGCAUGGCUGAUCGCGUCGACCUUUAUACCUAUGUAUGUCAUAAUUGAAUGCUUUUCCACCUGAACUA